AUGAAGCCCUGGUCGGCCCCUAAAUCUCAAGAGGAGGGGCUUCUUCCCACAGUGGCGCUGGUCUUAGAUAGGAUCUGUGCUUACGCGCGACGCCAGCGGCUGUGGCUUCUUGGGCAUGACUGGGCCAAGGAAGGGCUUGGUCUGUUGAUGCAGCGUGGAUGGCUCAAGGAGGAGCCCUCCUUGUUCUACACCUGCCUUCGCUGCUCCGAGGUGCUCUUGCGCGAUGUUGUGAAGGGCCUCUCGCCCCGAAGCUCUGCGCCCAAGGCGCCCUUAGCAGCCCUGGAUGCUGAGAGAAGAGCAUUGGAGACAGAGGCCCAGGAGCGCCAUGGUGCCAGGCGGCUCAUCUCGCUCGCCCGUGGGGCAACCGUCCAGGAUGCAAUUCUUCCGGCCAAGCCGUGA